GUGUCACUGUGAUUGAGUCUCCAUGACUUAUAAUUUAUAACUUGACGCCGCUCUCUGUACACAGUAAAGCGUGGCUGCAGCGCCUCCCCCGACCUGAAAGAAGACAAGCUAUAGUCAGUCCCAUGGUCAGUCCUCUACUAGCUAACUAAACUGCGGAACUACAGCAGCCACACAGACCGUUGCUCCACAUUUGUAGCGUGAAGUUGAGGUACAGGGUUAACACGAAGGCCUCCCUUAUUGAUCACUCUUUUGAGUAGCUUAUCGACUGCAGCUAAAAUAGUUAACGACAACAGUCACAAGUUGCUAGUUAAGUUAAUGUUAGCAAGUGGCGUGGUUUGACAGCUAGCGCUAGCUAACUAGCUAGUCUCAUUAGUAUUCGACGCCAGUUUCAAAACAAAGCCCGCAAAACCGAGAAGUUGAGACUCACCUCCAGAAUAGCUUGCGUCAAAACAAGCUAGCUGGGUUUGUCAACCGACGGAAGAUUAAUUACGCUAUUCGGAUUAUGUUUGAUGCGCUCAGUUAAUGCCUAGCUAGCUAAUUAACGGUAACAUAUUUCCCUGACGUUAAGUCUAAGUUUAAGAAGCUGUCAGCAGGUUUGUCUGUGACGCGUUUGAAUUUAUAACUAGCUAAUUCAGCAGCUAGCGGGCAGCUAACUACGUGGUUCUGUCAAUAAAUUUAGGUUCACCUUGUCUUUAAAGCUUGGAUUUAAAUGUCCGAAAAGAGUUCAUCGUCCGGUUCCGAUGAGGAUGUGGAUCCGGAAUCCGGGAAGCCUGUGGAGUUCGGAGGCGUCUUAAGCAAGUGGACUAAUUACAUCCACGGGUGGCAGGACCGAUGGGUCGUGUUGAAAAACAAUACUUUGAGCUACUACAAGUCGGAGGAUGAACGGGAAUACGGCUGCAGAGGGUCUUUAUGCCUCAGCAAGGCUGUUAUCACACCUCAUGAGUUUGACGAGUGUCGUUUUGACAUCAGCGUCAACGACAGCGUUUGGUACAUCCGAGCUGAAGAUCCCGAGCACCGACUCCAGUGGAUUGAGUCAAUAGAGCUGCACAAGGCAGAGUCUGGUUAUGGUUCAGAAACCAGUCUCAGGCGUCAUGGUUCCAUGUUGUCUCUCACAUCAGCAGCCAGUGCCUUGUCUGCCACAUCCACAUCCUCCUUCAAGAAAGGGCACAGGUUACGUGAGAAGCUAGCAGAAAUGGAAACCUUCCGGGACAUUCUGUGCAGACAAGUGGACACCCUGCAGAAAUACUUUGACACCUGUGCGGACGUUGUCUCCAAAGAUGAAUUUCAGAGAGACAAAGAGGAGGACGAAGAUGACUUUCCUACCACUACAAGACCCAAUGGCGAAUAUAAUCACAACAACAAUGGCAGUAAAGAGAAAUUGUGCCCCCCUGCCAGUCCCAAAUGUAUGAAUGGAGUAGACUUCAAGGGUGAGGCCAUCACCUUUAAGGCCACCACAGCAGGCAUCCUCUCUACGUUGUCCCACUGCAUCGAACUGAUGGUCAAACAAGAGGACAGCUGGCAGAAGAGACUGGACAAGGAGCUCGAGAAGAGGAGGAGGGUAGAAGAUGCCUACAAGUCUGCUAUGUACGAAAUGAAGAAAAAGUCGCACUACGGAGGCCCAGACUACGAGGAGGGGCCCAACAGUCUGAUCAAUGAGGAUGAGUUCUUUGACGCGGUGGAAGCCGCACUGGACAGACAGGACAAGAUAGAGGAGCAGUGCCAGUCGGAGAAGGUCAGGAUACCUCGUCGAGCUCUGGUUCCUCCAGGAGACAUCUACUCCACCAUCGGUACACACAGAUUUGCCACCAAGCCCCAUAGCCCUUCUUCUUCCCUCUCCUCCGUUGAGCUUGUCAGUGCUUCAGAUGACAUUCACAGAUUCAGCCCUCAGGUGGAGGAGAUGGUGCAGAAUCAUAUGACUUACUCUCUUCAGGAUGUGGGCGGAGAUGCCAACUGGCAGCUGGUAAUAGAAGAAGGAGAGAUGAAGGUGUACAGGAGAGAAGUCGAGGAGAACGGUAUUGUGCUGGAUCCUCUCAAAGCUACGCAUUCUGUGAAGGGGGUGACGGGACACGAGGUCUGCCACUACUUCUGGGACACGGCUGUCCGAAUGGACUGGGAGACCACCAUUGAGAAUUUUAACGUUGUGGAAACUCUCUCUGAUAAUGCCGUCAUCGUUUACCAGACUCACAAGAGAGUGUGGCCUGCCUCUCAGAGAGACGUGCUCUAUCUGUCAGCCAUCAGGAAGAUCUUGGCAACAAACGAAAAUGAUCCUGACACAUGGCUGGUCUGCAACUUCUCUGUUGACCACGACAAUGCCCUUCCCACAAACAGGUGCGUUCGUGCCAAAAUCAAUGUUGCUAUGAUCUGCCAAACGCUGGUCAGCCCACCAGAGGGUGAUAAAGAGAUCAGCAGAGACAACAUCCUUUGUAAGAUCACCUACGUUGCCAAUGUAAACCCAGGAGGCUGGGCUCCAGCCUCAGUCCUCAGAGCAGUGGCCAAGAGAGAGUAUCCCAAGUUCCUCAAGCGCUUCACCUCCUACGUCCAGGAGAAAACUGCUGGGAAGCCCAUCCUCUUCUGAACGCAAAGAGGCUUGCGGUGGGCCAAGGUUGUCCCACUGGAGAGACUACAUUGUUCAGCCUUUAAUCGGCUGUCAAAGACUACAUGACCCAUUCAUUUGUCAAUUAGAAUGUUAAACUACUACAAACUACUACAUGCAGGACACUAUAUCAUCCAGGACGGCCUACGGGGGACACCUGCUUGUAGAAGAGACUGGUUUUACGGCUUUAAUCGAUCAGUAGUUGUCAUCCCAGCCGCAUUGUCAUGGCUCAACGCCACCUGUUGGUCAUGGGUACAUUUGGAUGUAAAUUCAAGAGUUUUUUUCAGUGGUUUUCGAAUUGUUGUUACCGAUUAUUUGCUUCUUUUUUUUGUAAAUUGUUUUGUACAUUUCUUAUGAUUAUAUACUUCUUGACUCUUUUUUGGAUUUGCUUUAAUCACUAGUAUUACAGCUACUUGUGUUGCUGCUGCUGCUAAAGUAACUACCAUGAGAGAGGAAAGUAGAUAUUGACAGGAAAAGCAUUGAUGAGGUGUGUGUGUCUUUUUCUUGCCUUCUCCUGUCCCUCUAGUGAUGACUCUCUUUGCAGUUUGAUGGGGGGCCAGAGCCUAAAGCUUUGAAAUCUUUAUAUUUCUUGAUUGUUAUGAGGUAACUUUCAGAGAGCACCAGGGACACAAUGCAUUGUACAGAGAAAACAGAAUACGUUUUCAGUUAGUUUAUCAAUGUGCAAAAUGUGAAUUGACUGUUAAAUGCUUGAAUUUGAUUACAGUAAUGGGCCAAGGAAACCUGGAGUGGGAGAUAAAGAGCAUUUGCGAAGUCUAAAGUCAUGUCGCGACAAUAUUUUGACAUGGUUAAAGCGAUGAUCAAUAAUUAGAUAUCAAUGAUGUAGUUGACGGUGGUCAGUAGAUGCUAAGUUGCGGCCUAUUGUCUUGAACCUCCACGUAACACACGGUUUACGGCAGAUAUUUUCAAAUGGCCAGCCAUAGUGUCUGAUGUACAGAUUCCUCUCUUUCAUUGAGAGACAAGUGGAUACAUUUUGUGUCAGGUUUGUAAAUUAGUCCCGCUGCUAUUGUGCAGCAUAAGGUUUAAGUUGUAAAAUGUAGAGUAGGAUAUCAUCUACACCCUAGACGUUUUUUAGUCAUACUCUACAUUACAUUUCACAUGCCACACUACAGUGCAGUGGCCUCCUGCCCUUUGACUGAUAAACUACCCCCAGAAUGCCUUAGACACCAGGAUGAAUCCUAAAAAUCCUGGUUUGGUUACCUUAAACUGUUCAGCCACCAGAUGUGCAUUUAUCAACACUGAAAAUAAGCAGGCGGGUGGGGGCGGGUGAGGAAUGGGCGAUACAAAGGGUCAGCAUUUCACAUCAUCUUACCUCAAAAUUGAAAUUUACCCUAGAUUGUGUUUGAUGGCAUCAAAAGUUGGGAGUUUUGUAAUCUGUAGAUCUGCAUGGUUGAAAAUUUACCAUCCGAUUUUCGGUCUAAGGGGUCAGAGGUUAGGAAGGAUCUGGAUAAUUGUUUUGCUGAUGAUUACAAGAGCUAGAUCUACGAGCGAUGUCAGCGGAAGAAUGCAUUUAGUGUUUUUAAUUUUGAUAUUUUGUCAGUAAUUUACACACUUUGUAUAUUUCUAAGUUGUACAUUAGAAGUGUUAUUAUUUGCACUAAAUGUAAUGCAAUUUGACAAUGUUCUGUAAAUUAAAAUUGUUACACAGAA